AUGGCCUUCUGCUUGAAACCCCAGCGGCUAUUGAACAGCCCCGUGAGAAUCACAACUCUAGUCUUGGCCGCCCUGUCUGUCGGAUUCCUCGUCUGGAUCAGCUGGGAGCCGCAGCAGUCCGAGCGUCCCCAGCCCAGGAUCGACUCCUCCGGGAAGCCCUCUGGGCCCCCCGACCCAGGCCGCCUGAAGCUUCUGCCCACAGAGAAACACAACCAGCUCUUCCGUUAUAACGGCCUCUGGCUGUUCCCCAAGAAGCAGUGCGAAUGUCAAAAUGUCAACCGGCCAGGCAACUACAAUUACCAGGACGCUUACAGCCCGAGCGACGUGGAGGCGGUGAAAGCCCGGAGGCAGAGAGAGUUCCAGCACUUCCAGAGGCGAGAGGGCUUGCCCCGCCCUCCCGUGCUGGUGGCCCAGCCCAACCUGCCCUUCAGUUAUCCCAUCUUCGGCGUGGAGGUAAUGCCCCUGCACACUGUACUAAUCCCAGGUCUCACCCUUUCCGGACCAGAAGCGUCACAGAUCGUCUUAAAGGCCUCGCUCGGGACCUUCAACAGCUUGGCGGACACCCCAGAUCAUGUGGUCCAAGGGAGAGGUGAGAAGAGUUUGAUUUCCACCAACGACCUGGAGCUGCUGAAUUUCAUCCUGCAGCACGUGACCUAUACCAGCACCGUCUUCCGGCUCAGCGCCGUGGACAUUGUGAGCGUGGAGCUGGGAAGUUGGGUAGCGAGAUUUCCUGUGACCAUCCGGCAUCCCAUCACUCCCAUCCUGUACGAUCCAGGUCCAGAGAGGAAAAUCAGCUCCCUGGUCACUGUGGCCACCAAGACCUUCCUGCGCUACCCCAGGCUGCAGGUCCUCCUCCGGAGCAUCCGGGUCCACUACCCGGACCUGAGGGUGAUCGUUGCCGAUGACAACGCGCAGCCGGAGAAGAUCGACGACCCCCUCGUGGACCAAUACACCAUGCCCUUUGGGAAGGGCUGGUUUGCGGGCAGGAACCUGGCCGUGUCGCAGGUCACCACCAAAUACGUCCUCUGGGUGGAUGAUGACUACAUCUUCACUAACGACACCAAGAUUGACCGGCUGGUGGACGUGCUGGAGAACACGGAUCUGGAUGUGGUGGGAGGCAGAGUGGGAGGAAACCAGUUCCAGUUUAAGCUCCUGCUGGAGCCAGGAGAAGAUGGAGACUGCAUCCAUUGGAGGGCCGGCUCUUUCCACCCUCUGCCCGGCUUCCCCAGCUGUGGGGUGACCAGCGGCGUGGUCAACUUCUUCCUGGCCCACACGCACAAGCUCCUGAGCGUCGGCUUCGGCCCCAAGCUACAGCGAGUGGCCCACUCAGAGUUUUUCAUCGACGGCCUGGGCAGCCUGCUGGUGGGCUCCUGCUCCGACGUCAGCAUAGGGCACCAGCCCAAGAACCCCAUCUCCGACCCCAAGGAGGCCGCCGCUGAGAGGAGCUACGGGGGUUUCCGGGCCAACACCCGGGAGCAGGUCCGGUUCAAACUGGCCCUGCACUUCUUCAAGAACCACCUCAAGUGCUUCACCCGUGGCUAAGGGGGGAGCAACCCAGCCUGCCUCCCCGGGGGUCCCAGGGCAAGGAAGAGGAAGGGACGGCAGGGGAGAGAUGCAUCAUGCCAAUGAUCGAUUGAUUGACUGAUUGGUCUGUGGGGAAAUGUGAACUCCGGGACGUCUGCAGGAGGACUGAUUGAGACGGACAAAGAGUCUACAAUGGUGGGUGGGGAGUGUCUGAGAAGGAGAUUGGAAAUGGACCAAUGUAGGCCAGGGGCUGACUGGCACAAAGCAAUCCAGAGAUAGGACGAUUUGGAAGGGAUCUAAACUACUUUAAGACCAAGAGAACAACCCUGUGUGUAAAGAGGGUUGGGUAGUGGGAAAACCCGGAUGGGCCUGAGUCAAAAGGAUUGAUUCAGGGCCAAAGUUACUUGGGUUAGACCAAUCCAUGGGUGGGAGGAAGUGGCUUUCAUCUGCUCUUCCUGACAGCCGGCGAAUUUGACUGCGGUGGCCAGGGCAGAAGCUCGGUUCCUUGAUCUCUCUCCCUCUCUGCAGUCUCACAUUUCCUACUGCCUUCAAGACAGCUCUACUUGGAAGUCCU